UUAAGGGAACAGCAAAACCGUUCAAGGAUGCCGGCACUAAUCCAACGACCAAAGAUGAGCCUGCAGAUGUGGGCGGCUUUGAAGAGCCACAUCAUGCGCGAACGGGAAAGGAAAAAGCAAGAGCAAGAAGCUGACGGAGCAAUCGAGCGGCUGCGUCGAGAACAGGAACUGAAGCGCAAACAGGAUGCCAUGACGUUGGAGGAGAUAAAAGAUCAGGUCACGCAGUCGGAGAAGAAGCUCAAAGAGCUGAAGGACGAGAAGCAUCAGCUUUUCAUGCAACUCAAGAAAGUACUCCACGAAGAUGACACUCGUCGCCGUGCGCUAGACAAAGAGGCCAGCGAAGUGGCCGCAGCCCAAGCUGCUGCAGCCAGUCAGGCCUACGCUAACCGCCAGGCUCUCGGCAUCGUGGGCGGAGCAGGCCAAGCCCAGCCGCUCUACAUCCAAAGCCUAGGCCGCACACCUGUCCUGUACAAGAUGACAAGCCCGCAAUCUGGCAAUACCAUCAGGACCCACUCAAGCUCGCUGAGGCGGCCUCACUCACCUUCGCCGCCCCUUUCGUCACACUCCCAGACUGGUUACCAGGCUCCCCAGUUUACGUACAAGGCACAGGUCACUGCACAUGGCUCCAAGCUUGUCCCGUAUCCGACAGUCGUAACAUCAGGAGCACAACAAACUCCAGUCUACCAUGCGGCUCACCACAUCCUUUCGGGCGGCGAGACAAGCGCGUCGCCUAUCUACAAUGCAACCACAUAUGCACCGCAGUUCACCACCCAUUCCUCAACAGCAACGGAACUUGCCUUGAAACAGCAUGGAGUUGUAACCCCAACCUCGGCUUCAUCAUCACAGGGGCAAGGUUACACACACAUCUCACGGCAGGCUUUCCAAAAGCAUCUGGAACACGGCAACAGCAAGGGAGCUGCAUCGUCAUCUACCCAGCACCUCCACCACAACUGUUACGAAGAGUUGCGAACAAAUGGUUUUAUUUACAGGCGAUGGAUGAUGAUCGCAGCGUGA